AUGCUCCUCAUGGAGCUCUCCACUGCGCCUCUUCACUCUGCUUCUGACGAUACCCUCAACAAGCCCUGGACACCCUCAGCCCGUCCAACCCUCAACACUUCGCUUUCCGCUCAUGUCCCCUCAUCAACGCCCUCCGAGCGCAGCCCCAUCCCUUCAUCCUCUCUAUCAGCCUCAUCUCAGUCGUCCCCCUGGAUGCAAUCUCUCGCCCUUCCCCACUCUGAUGCCUCUCUCCCUUAUUUAUAUUCAAAUCAGACCUCCCGCACGCCUUCAUCUCCUGAUCCGCUAGCUCACCCGUCAACUAUGUCUUCUCUUUCCUCGAAUGACUGGAACAAUAUAUUUUCUGCCCCUCUCAACCCCGCUAUGUUCGCUCAACUCACCGCCAACGGCGUCAUUGGUCCCAUCCCCGCCCCAGGCCCCUCUUCCAGGAUCACCCAGGGCGUCGCCCCCCCUCCUCGUUUCCAUCCAUCUCACCCGCGCGCCCCCGAUUCCGGUCGCUCUCGGCAAGGCCAACCGGACCUGAGCCAGUAUCCUGCCCCUGUCGGCCACCCCUAUCAGAAACCGCCGUCCUCGCAUGCAUAUCCGAUCUCCACCAAGAGCAAGUCGCACUCCGUCAGUGUAUCUGGCUUUGCUCCCCCCCACCAUCGCUCUUCUGCUUCGAACGGCAACGUUCACAUGGAGUCAAAGUCGCUGACAAGAGAAAACAACGGCGCAUCGCAUUCGCGGCAUACUUCGUCAGCGUCUGGCGGCUCAUAUCAUCCCUCCCCCAACGCCCCCUUCUCUCCGACUUCUCCCUAUGAUUAUAACUUCGAUUUUAAUUAUCCGGCGGAGCGAUCGAACACAGGUCUGCCCCCGUCGUUAUGGAUGUCGCCCACCUCGACCGGUCCCUCCACCCCCGUAACCGAACCCUACACUUUCAAUCCGCACACGAUCCCCCACAGUUCGUCUCAUACUGGAAGUAGUGCUGUAUCUGUAGUCUCCGGGACACCCACGGGUGCUCCAGGCGUUUUCUUCAGUGGUUCGCCUCCUCUGUCCGCUAAUGGGGGCGAGGGAGCGAGUUCGUCAAUACUCAGUGAAAUGUUCUCGGACAACAUAUUUAGCCCUCGACGCAGCGUCGACCAGGGCCCGAGCCAGUUUCCAUCCCCAAUCACCUCUGGGUCUCCAGACCUCAAGUCGUCCGCGCUUUCUCCGGUCGAUGCAGGCCACGUCGACCCGGAUCAGCUGGCGAAAGAGGAUCCGCUCGCGACGCAGGUGUGGAAAAUGUACGCCCGCCAGAAGGCGAACCUCCCACACGCACAGCGGAUGGAGAACCUUACCUGGCGGAUGAUGGCGUUGCAUCUGAAGAAAAAGAAGGAAGACGAGUUAAAAGCGGCUGCCGAGGAGGAGAGCGGGGAACGGGGCAGCGUCGAUGCGGGUGCAGACGCCGGCGAGGGCGCGAGCACUGAGCAGUCCGGCCCUGGUCAGCCCGGCGGGUCGGUUGAUGAUGACUCGACGCCGGAGGAGGGUGCUUCAGAGAGAGGACGUCGAAUUGAUAAAGGAAAGGGCAAGGUCAGCGUGGUUGGUUUUGAUGGCAAAAAUCAAGACAGUACGGAAGAAGAGGACGAGGUCGUGCCUAUGGAUUGGAGGGCGAUGAGCCGAUCAAGAUCUCGCGCACCCAUGGAUUGGAGAGCGACCAGUCGCUCGAGGUCACGCCCUCCGGCUUCUGCUCCUCCCUUCGAAUAUAGCUUCCAGGAUGGGGAGCGCCUCGCGUUCCCUUCUCUCGAGACUGACCCCCUCGCAUCCGACAUCUCUGGCCCCCGCAGACCUCACCCUCUCGCCACAUCCACGACCGGCUCCGCUCUCAGAAUCCCGAUCUCUACCUCGGCGAGCGGUCGCCACAGCCCUUCUUCAUCGAUGCCCAACCACUUCUCAUUGCCCGCCGUGUACGAGAACGUCGCCGAGCAAUCGCAUGCCAUCCCGAUGCCUGGCCUCCCUGGCUCUCGCAACCCCUUUUCGGUGAACUAUGCUCCAUCACUCUCCGUCUACCCCAGCCCCACCUCCCACCCCUCCUCUUUGCCCUCGUUCGGCCUGCAUGGUCUCUCAAGGCUGCCGGCAGCUGUUGCGCCGCCGGAACAACGGUCCUUCCCGAGACACGUGCGUAAGACUAGUUUCGAUCACACGGUUUCCAAAGAGGGCAUCCUGGCUGCGGUCACCGGCCGUCAUCAGGUCAAUGGCAAGCCCUCGUUGGCAGCAGGAAGCCUUAUAGGUACCAAGCGCAGGGCAGACGCCCCCCAUGCCGAGAGCAUGUUGCGCGGUGAUCCGCCCAGCGUUGCGGCCUCCCCUGUUAUGGAUUCUCCAGAUGGGUCUCAACGGUUUCCGCGGACGAGUCCUUUUCCAUCCACGCCAUUCAACUUCUCGUUCUCGGGGUACAACGGCUUCUUCGACUUGCAGGGCGCCGCGACCCUGCCUCAGGAGUAUGGAACUGUUCUGCCAGCAGAAGAAGCGCACCAGCCAGGGUCUUACAGAGACCAUCCUUCGCACCCCUCUUCCCUCUCCACCGCGACUUACUCGCCGAACUCUGGCUCGCCGCCGGCACCGCACGAGCGCCUGUCCGCCGCGGCGGCUGCCGCAUCGACCGCCAUAGCGGAGGGCUACGUGCGCCUGAGCACCGCAAACUUGACUGGCGUGGACGAGACGGGACUCAACUAUCAUCAGCACCUGAUGGGCCUCAUGUACUCCAGCCUCGACGGCACGUCGGGCUUGGUGCACCAUCCGUACACACACGUGGACCCCACGCAGAUCCUAUCGGGCGAGCACGGCGACGGCGCCUUUGCGAGCCUGCACCCGAGCCCGUCGAGCGAUGGCUGGAACGGGUUCAACUCGAGCAACGCGGCGUCGCCCGAGCCGCACAACGCGUCCAACGCGUCGACGCCGCCGUCCGCGGAGGGCUCGUCGAACGGGAACGGGAACGGGAACAUGUCGCGCAACCCGUCGCGCAAGAUCGCGUCGACGAAGCGCGUGAAGCAGGACUCGGCCGCGCGGUCCGCCGCGGCGCAGCGGAAGAGGGCCGGGGAGGGCGGCGGGGCGGCGAACGGGCAGCUGCGCUCGUCGACGAGCACGCCGGACUUGGGGUCCGCCGCGGGCGGCGGACAGGGGAAAGGCGGGAACGAGGAGGGGGAUGCGGCGUCGACGGUGUGCACGAACUGCCAGACGACGAAUACGCCGUUGUGGAGGAGAGAUCCCGAGGGGCAGCCUCUGUGCAACGCAUGCGGCUUGUUUUAUAAACUGCACGGCGUUGUUCGCCCUCUAUCUCUCAAGACCGACGUGAUUAAGAAGAGGAACCGAGCGUCUGGCGCGUCGAGCACGAACGCACGCAAGGGGAGCUCCGUGCUGCCCAAGAUAGCGUCGUCGUCGAC